AUGGGGCAGGGGGAGCCGCACACGCCUGUCCUCAGAGACGAGAGGGGCUGGGGGCAGCUCGGCUUCAUUCCUGGUUAUAACCGAUCCAACACUCUACAUCCAGUCAUGUUCAACGAGAACUUCCAUGGUUAUGGGUUCAGGAAUAACGGGUCUAUUGAAGGCACAGAAACACGGCUCGCUCCAAUCGACCGCGGUGGGCAGCCAGAGGCCAGCCCGGGCACUGCACUGACAUCAGGGGCCAAGGUCCAGCCUGGAGAGCACAGAGCAGCAGCAGGACAGCCGGAGCCGGGCCCCCGCAGCACCAUGAGGCUGGGGCUGCUCUGCGGCCUCGCUGCCGCCGCAGUCCUCAUGGCAGUGGCUGGAGCUGACCGUGGAGACACGAAAAUCACACAGGGGAGAGAGGGGACGAGCGGCGUUGGCCGGCGCCGGCCCCACAGACCCUGCUCCGGGUGUUUCUCCGUCCUGAGCGAGGAGUCGCGGUCGAUGUCCUGGCGUGCCAGCGAGGACAAUGAGGUUCAGCCGCGCAGGCGGGAGAGGGACAGGAGGGAGGACAAGAAACCAGCACGGCACAUGAGACACCCCAGCACCGUCCAGCUCCCGCGACAGGAGGUGCUGAGUGCCCGGACGGCGCGUCAAGGAGCGACGCUGGUGUCUCGGCACAGCUCCACGCCAGGAGAGAACCGGAGGCCCGGCCAACGCCAGGCCAUGCACUGAGGCAGCUGGGGGACCCACCCCCACCCUCCACAGGCUGUAAGUGAGCCUGUGCCUGUGCAAACGCAGCCCCACUGCACACCCUGUGCACCCCAAAGUGCUUCUGGGGUCAGGCCCCCCACCCUGCUUUGCCAAGACGCUGAAUAAAGCCAGCAAGCCAGAGCACG